AUGCCUGGUAUCAUUACUCAACCUUCUUCUCUUUCUAUUCCUCAUGAUCCUUCUGAGCUGCCUGCCGGCUCUGAUCCUUUCCUCAUUACUGCCCAGAAUGGCUAUCUCCCUACUCAUCUGCCACUCCGCAGACUGCCCACAGCCUUUGAUGCACUGAGCGAUAUUCUUGAUGACAUGCCUAUUCUCAAGGAGGAUGGAACCGUUGGUCUGCUUGCAACCUUCAAGCUUGGUCCACUGAUUGAUUCUGGAGCAUUGCCUGACCUCACUGCCGAGAUUGACAAUCUUGUUGUUCCUGGCACCAAGGAGAUCGACAUGGCUGCUAUCACUGCUGCCUUCCGCGACUACUCCUUUGUCGCAUCGUCCUACCUACUCGAGCCUUGCUGGAAGAUAUACAGCAACAAUGCCGAGGAUGGAUAUGGGCUUGGUCGUCCAGUCUUGCCCAAGUGUAUUGCUGGGCCUCUUGUCAAGUGUGCUGAAAUGUAA